GUGGCGCCGUGUGCCGCGGCUCUGAUCCGCUGUCAGUUGCCCGAGCCCUGUGCUACGGUUAGGACCGCACAUAAUCGUCACCUAUUGAACGACGACGUACCGAAGCCAGCCACGGGCCCUCGUGCCGUGUCGUCCUCAGCAACAAGCCCGUCUUUCAGUCCCCUCGUUACGAGAUCGGUAACGGAUCUAACGAUCGACGGAGUAUCCAAGAGAGGCGAAAGGCCAGCAAUCAACGGACGGCAACGAUCGAGAGCGAAUGUGAUCAACCGUAAUCCGACCUUUAUUCGCGAGGGAGAUAGCUUAGCGUGUCGUUAAACCGUCGUCGUCGACCGAGGUUGUCGAUAAAAAUUUGCGAGCGAACGUUCCUCCCCGCUUUGCUCAUCGGAAAUUGCCAGUUGCAGCGAGAAAGGCAGCGGCUUGAUUCAAGGGCGUUGUUGUUGGUGAUUCUAAUUUUCUUCUUUUGUGUCUCGUGGGGAAGUGAAACAUCGAUCAGGCCUCGAAGAGUCCCCGCGGGUGGCGAACCCGGGGAGCUGCGAGCUGACGACGCGUCCAGGAUGGUCUGGUAGAAGAGCGGACAAACUCCCUCGUGUUCGAGAAAUGGCAUACGGCAUAUUGGUCGACGCGACCGUCACGAGCACGGUGCUUCUCCUGCUGGUAGUGUUUCAGGCGACUCUGGUCUGGGAGGAGACCCGCGGCGCUCCAGCAAAGAAAAACGAUGUUCUCGCCGGCACGGAAUUUCUGUCGGUCUUUAUAAACGGCGCCAUGGCGCCGACGCCACAGCGACGUCGGGGGUUUCGGCGCGGUCAACAAGCGGCUUCAUCGUCGGGUGACAGCGCGACCGCCGAGUCGCGAGAUCAACACGAAGCGUCAAUCUACCGAAUAUCUCGAAAUCCGAGCGGCGGUCGGCCGAUCUCGGUGUCGAGGCCGCAAACGAACGGCCGGGACGACGUCGUGCGCUUCUAUCCUAUAAGCCAGAAAACGUUGGAGCACCGGCAACAGAAUCUGGCAUCGUUGAUCGACGUUCUGAGCACACCCGGAAUAAGCUCGACGCGUCUGACACCGUCGAGUGCGGCGACGACGACGACGACGACGACGACGACGAGCGCGUCUCCAUCGUCGUCGCCGCCGAUUUUUCACGAUCGAACAACUUCGAGGUCGAACGGAACCAAUGGAUCCGGCAUCAUCGGCAAAAGCGUUAGUCGACAGAAGGUGAUCGGCGUCAGCGUCACGUCCACGGUCGAGGCUACACCGUACAAGGUGCGCGUCGAGCAUUACGACAGCGCUGACACCGCGGUGGUGACACGACCACCGAGUCUGGAGUCUCCGGUGAGCAGAGAAAUUAUUAAGGAAUCGACUAGAGAAUCAAUUAAAAGCACAACGAGCACCAGCAGGCCAUCGACGUCGCCAUCGUCUACGACAACGACGACGUCGACGACGCCAUCGUCUACGACAACGACGACAACGACGCUACCGCCAGCCCGAUUCGUCACCGAGGAGCUCAGUAAUAUCGUCUCGGAGUCUAACAGAAGCGAAUUCUCCGUCGACGAGGAGGACUCGUUGAGGACUAGCUGGCACGGCCGCGUGACCAUGACACCUCGGAUCCAGAAGGUCCCCGCGUUCGCAGAAAGGAACGGAAACGAAGAAACUAAUGAAACCACGCACAUCGACAUUGACGCGAUCACCCUUCCGACAGAGGAGAAUUACGAGCUGCCUGUGGAGAACUCGGAACUACGCGAGUUAAACGAGGAACUGUCAGAGACGCCAUCGGAUCGGCUUCAAGGACGCAAGAUGGGACGUCAUUACGAUGCGCCGCUGUACAAUCGCUCAAGCCCGAAACUCUACAGUCAAUCAUCCAAGACGUACAAACCCGUGCGUACUUACAACGAACCUGCCAAGAUGUACAGCGAGCCGGCCAAGGUCUACAGCGAUCCUGAACGAGUAUACGGGGAACCGGCUAAAGUCUACAGCGAGCCUGCCAAAGUUUAUAGCGAACCGGCCAAGGUUUACAGCGAACCUGCUAAGAUCUACAGCGAACCCGCCAAGGUCUACGGCGAGCCGGAAAAGAUCUACUCCGAACCGUCAAAGAUCUAUUCGGAACCGGCCAAGGUUUAUUCCGAGCCGGCCAAAAUUUACUCGCAGCCGGCCAAGAUAUACGGUGAACCUAGCAAGGUAUACGACUCCGAGGGCCAACCGGUGAACCGUCAACACGGUGGUGAACCCGACGAGGAAAACUACGAAAUUGACGAAUCGGUCAGCGUUGGCAGCAACGGUAACGUCCACGGACCGCAAUUGGUCGUCACGGAAGAAACCCCGGGUGCGUCCGAGGACGGACACAAGGUCGGUUAUGUAGUCGAAGGGAGGAACUUCAGGAAGUACAGGGUCGAGGAGAGGACACCGGAUGGCUUCAUCGUGGGCGAAUACGGCGUCGUCAGUCACGACGAUGGUUCACUGCGUGGUGUCAGGUACACCGCCGAUGGAACCAUCAAUCCACAGCUCAUCUAUGACGCUCUAAUGAAGUUUCUCGCUUUGUGAGCAUCGCGAUAACGUAGGAUAGGAAAGAUGAAGAGGACGAGGUGGCUUCGGCGGCGUCGUCGACGAGACGAACACGACUGAUUCUUUUGCUCUUGCCAACUCAACUGCCUCAACAAUUAAUUUUAAGGACGAUAUGUUUCUUAGGAUCUAAGGAAGAGCCUGUUCGAAGGUAAUUCGCCGCGCGCGUCACCGAGCAGAGGACCGAAAGGUCGAUCGAAACCGACGUACGAAAGUCGAAUCUCGAUGUUCAGAUUCAGAUUGCGAAACGCUGACAGAUGAAAGUUAUUCUUUAGACGGCGAAAGUACGAACUUUUGUGCGCGGUGCUGCUCGAUGGCCUUUGACGAUUGUGGCAACCGAUCGAAGUGGUUGUCGAAUGUUUUUCUUACGGGUUAUUCGCAAAGAUUCUCGAGAACGUGAAUCAUUAAAAUGUUUCUAGUGCGCGAGAGCUUGCAUUUGGACGACAUGCAUCGAUUUAGACAAUUUUCAAUUAUAAUAUCAACAAUGACACAAUUAUUAAUUUCACAUUUCGAUAAAUUUUGAACAUUCUACAAUAAUCUGAUACUCUUAAAAAACAUGAUAAUUAAUUAUUUUAAUUAUAGAAUGAAUAUAAAAACUGUGCGAUCUUUAAGCUUGACAGAAACAAAAUUCGUGAGAAAAAAAUAUUGAAAAAAUGUCUAAUUCUGAUGCGAUAUCGAUGCAACUGUAAUUUGAAAUCAACUUGAAGCUUUUAUCGACAUCUUUUUUUGUAUUAUAUAUUAGAAAGAUUAAUGUGAGUUGUGUAUGUACGUAUGUGGCAAGAGAUCUGUAUUAAUUAAAGAUUAAUUUAAUCGUCGAAAGGGGAUUUUUUACGAAUUACUCGCUAUUAUGCCAAAGUUAACGCUAAAACAUUCAGACUUUUCUUAUCGUCUUUAAAAUCUAGAAAUUAUUCAACUUAACUCUGCAUACUAAAUAUAAUUUAUUGUCGAAUUUUACGAAGCAUGUAUUUAGACUUACAUAUAACUUUACUAUAAUAAUAUCUAAACAAAAAACAUAUGUUAUUGAAGUAUAUCGAAGUUGCCAACGAAUAUGUCUGAAUGUUCUAACGUUAAUAGCUUCCGAAAUCAUUGACCAAGUGUUCCCUUCGUGUGCUUUUAUUGCGGUCACGCUUCUGCGAUGAAGAGGUAAACGAAAAAGUUGCAGCUGCCAGGGUCCUCCAAGAAUGAGCCUCCGAAAGAACAGACCCCGCAGUUGCAAUGGAUGGACCGACUUGUCGCGGCAGCAUUUCUGCAUGUCUCCUAGCUCUAAUUGUAAGUUCCCUAUAUAGAUCUUAAAGUUGCCCCUUCCCCUCAAAGGAAAUAUCUCAAUCAACGAGAAAGUUCCGUUUUUUUUCGCGUAGUGUCGAUUGUUUUAUUUAAUAUUUGAAACUAGCUUCGUUUUCUCUCAUUACCUCAGUCCUUUGAGAUAGUUCCUCUCGCCAUGCAAUAUCAAGCGAGCAAAUAUACAUCCUAAGCGCGAGAAACGUUCCGCGAAACUCGCAAAAAGUAUGUACGGGGUGUUUCAAAAUCUCUCUUUUGAACAGUUACAGAAACACCGGUGCGUUAUUUGUGGACACUAUAGGAUAUCUUUCGCGUAUUGCUCACAUUCGUAGGCUAUAAGUAAUAUCUCAAUUAUUCUAUUUUACUCUCCCAUAUGAACACUUCUAAAGCAUUCCGAUAUGUUACAGACACUAUCUCUAAGAAUUCUACUCGUAUAAGUAUCCUAGACAACAUUUAUACUAUUAAUCUUAUAACAUGUAUAGUGCUGUGCGUGCAGCCACCGCCAUUUUUCAACGACAACUUUGUAAUAAAUUCAUAUUUG